CCAGGGACACAGACAACAUGGAUAGAGAGAAGUUUCAGCAGAAGGCUGUGAAGCAAACUAAGCAGAAGAAAUCCACGUCGGCUGAAUUUCUGAUGGUUAAAGAAUACACAGAAUCAACCGAAGGUGCCGGGAAUCCAGGUUUUAACAUGAACAGCCCAGAACUCUCCGCGCAUCAGAUGCCAAAAGAGAAAGUUAUUAGACAUGACAUGCUGGAUCACACCCUUGCAGCUCAUCAACAAAAAUCCAGGCUGCCAGCUUCAGUGGGACACAAAGGAAAUGAAUACAGCAGAAAUUACUUUGACCCAGUGACGGAGGAGGAAAUAAACUCAAGGCAGUGCCGGAUGGAGGUCAGCAGACGGGAUGGAAGGUCAAAGGAGGAGACACUGGAUCAGGAGUCACCCAGAUGUUCCACUGAGAGCCUGGAUACCUGCAGAGAGGAGGAGGAAGAUGCUCUUGGGCACACUGAGGAUUCUAAGAGGCAAGCUCAGAGAGGUGUCAUUCUGCUUGCAGGCGCUUCAUCAGGACAGGAUUUGGAAUUUGAAAGAAAAGGACUCAGCCAGGACAUUCCCAUGUCAUGUUUAAAGAAGGAAAAAGCAUUCAAGAAAGCUCUGAGUCAGCUGUGUACUGCAGAUGGGAAUCCUUACACAAAGGGUAGUGACAAGGGGCAGCACUCAUUUCCAGAAGUGACUAAAGAAUCUGGAAGAACAGAAGUAACUUGCUGGAAGGGUGAGCAGCCUCAGUUGCCUAGUCUACAAAUACAGAUCAGAUGUAUCAGGGGCCUCAAGGACAAGGCUCCCCAAGGCUCCUACCUCCUCAGAGUGUCUCUGCUCAGUCAGCUGGGAAGCUGUGCCUCACAGGGGUGUCAAACAGAGCAGCUGAAGACAAGGACGUGCCCAGUUCUUCAUGGUGGCAACUUUUAUGAUGUGGGGCUCUAUUUCCACGAAAGCCUUUCUGUGGUACUUCCUCAAAGGAAAGCCGUGAAGCCUGGCUUGUCUUUCUUGUUUGAACUCUUCCUUCUCCAUGGAACAUAUGCUUACAAUGACCUGAUCAUGGGCUGGGCAGUCUUUCCUGUAUGUGACAACAACUUCCAUAUAGUAGAGGGAAAAUUCAAGUGUCCACUUCUCCGAGGACCUUAUGACCAAAAACUGGACAGCUUCAGAAAAAUAGAAAACUUGAUUUGCCAAGACUUGGAUCAGUGGCUGUGCAACCUAUAUUUUAAGGUAAUUAAAACUCCUUUGCAUUUGGGUGAUCAAAAAAGCCAUGAGAGCCGCAGGCAGCUUUCUCCUGAAUGUCCAGUGUGCUUAAUGAUGGAAGCAGAGAACACGGAAUUCGAUUUGGAUAACACAGCCGGCCCUUCAAAGAACGAACCGCCAGGAAAUGUUCAUGCUGUAAUAGGCGGCGCGACCCAUUCUUCUCAAGGGAAUAUUUCUAAUAAAACUGACUCCUGCCCUAGGGGCUGUGAUGUGUGUCUCUUCAAAGAAGCCCAUGACUUUCAUGCUAAGAGGAAUAGCUUGGCUGCUCAAUCUGUGAAGGAAAGAUCUGCUGUGUGGAGAGCUGGAGAUCCUGAAGAUUAUUGGGGGGAUAUGUCUUACCUAGAGGAACUGGAGAAAUAUCAGUUUUCCGUUUGCUGCCCUUCAGGUGUAGAUGGCUGUGGAUCUGGAAGGUUGUCCAAGCACCUCCACUUUGCAUUGAUGUCCUUAUUUUCAGAACUUGAAUUAGCUCAAUGGCAAAGUCAGAGCUUCUGGUACAUCCUUCUGAUGAUGGCGUCUCUCUGGUUCGUGAGGCUCUACCUGCAUUACCUGGGCCAGUGGCUUUUCCUCUGGGUCCUUUCCACUCCAGUUACAAAAUUCCAGUUUCACUCCUACACUGUUGAGCUCUGCUACCUGACUUCUUCACUUCAUGUGGGAGAAGAACUGGCUGUGAUUGUAUUGGGGCCUUUGGCUCUAAACACAAUCACGUUCCCCUUGCUUCUGAUCAGAUGGGGCUGUCAGCUACUGUUUUCCUCCUGCCCAGAUGCCUUGUCAAAGCUAAUCAUUGCGAUGGGACUAUGGACAGUUCUAGACCCAUUGGCGGUGUUUCUAGUGGAUGUUUUCCUGGGGCGGCUGGCACAUAAUGGGGAGACACCUACUGCCGAUGCAGCUAAACUCUACUGGAUGUUCCUGAGAACCAAGCAACCAGCCAUCCUCGGUGCUCUGGUCACAGUGGUAGCUUACACUCUGCUGUUUAUCAUCUCCUCCUUGAUUUUGUACUUGUAUUGCCUCAGGUUAUGCAAUGACUCUUGGAUAUUAGAUGCAUUUCAGAGAAUCCAUAGUGAAGAAGGCAAGUUCUUCAUGCCACAUGAUUUGGAAAUUUCCAAUCAGGAGCUGAGUUACAUCGUGAAAAGAUCUGAGCAGUGGAGAGGGAUCCAUGGUGAGAGAAGGAAGGUGGCAGUGCACGAUUACAUCCAUGACACCGAGUCCAAGGUCUCCAGCUGUGACCCCCACCAUCAGGAUGAAAGUUUUGAGUCUGCAGUUGGUCCAAGAGGGGUUACUUCCCACAUAUCAGUACAUACUGUUUAUCCCAAUGGGUUUCAAGAGUUGUAUCGCCAUUUUCUCAGGAUCCCGGAUGGCACCAUCAUUGAGGUGUUUGGUGAUAUCAGUGCCUUGAGGUUUGUCCCCAGUGAAGUGAUCACCGCUAUUGAGGAGCACAUAAGAGAAAUGGACACUGUGCAGAGAGAAACCUUUGCUUCUUCCCAAGAGAAAGAAGUCUCUGUGAACAUAAAAGCAGAUCAUUAACUCAAGUGGAAAAAUGAACAUAAU